GCUGGUGAUGCUUGGGAGUGAGUGUAAUAAACUGGUAGAUAAGGAGAUAGAAACUCAGAAAGAGAGAGAACGUGUAUAUAUCUCUUUGUGUAUACAAUAUAGAGAGAUGUUUCUUGGUGCUUACUGUAGCCCUGUGUGUUUACUGUAGGCCUGUAUUAAAUUUUCUUGCAGGAAUUAAUAUGGGGUCGUCAGUUCUUGAUUCAUCGAUCCGCAUUUUUUGCUUCCUAAGCACUAGCAUUGUUUAGCCAGUUGCUUUCAUCUCAAAAAGAACUAUCAGUGGUGUCAUUUUCAGUUUAAUAACUCACUGUUGAGAGCUUUUUUAAACUCUGUUUGGUAAAGAGAAAGAAAUAUUUAUGGGCAAAGAGUGGUUGAAUUGGGUUGGCGGUGGCGGUGGCGGUGGCGGUGGCGGAGGUAGUGGCGUUGGUGAGAGGAAUAGGUCCAAUAGGAGAAGAAGAAUGGUUGGUGAAGUGAGAGAAGCAACUUCUUCUGGCUGCAUGUGUGCAGUUUUUCAACUCUUCGAUUUACAUCAUUUUCAGUUUCCUUUGAAUCAGCAGCCUGGAUAUUUCCAUCAAGAAGAAGACACCACCAAAUCCAAAGGAGUGGAAGCACCAAGAAACAGUUUGGAGUUAGAGGAGCCUGCCAUGAAAGCUGCUUCAUUUCCCUUGGAGGAAAAAAAUUUUAAAAUACCAGCGCCAAUUCAAAUGAAAUCAAGAACAAGCGUAUCAGAAUCCAACAUCAUCAAUUCACCAGGAACAAAAACCCCAAAUUUAGUAGCUAGACUCAUGGGUCUUGAUCUUCUUCCAGAAUGUGGUUCGCCUGCAUUUUCUUCUUCAUCAAGUUCGAAUCCUUCGAAAACAAAAUCCCAUUUGCAUUCAAGAAACCUGAUUCAUAGCAGAUCAAGAAGCAGUAGAAUUAGUUAUUCUGAUGAUGAUAUUAGCAUCAAUGGUGCUCGUUCGUUGCCUGAAACUCCAAGAAUUUCUUCAGCUAGAAGAUCAGAUGUGGAUCAUCAUCACAGGCUGUCUUUGCAAAUCAACAAAGAAAAUAUUGGUCAAGAUUAUGAAUAUUCUGCAGUCAAGAAAAUUGCUACAAGGAGAGGAAUUAUUCAAGAAAAUGAUCAAAAUAGGAGUCCAGGCCAUUAUGCUAAGCAGAUUGUGAAGCAAGUAAAAGAAAGUUUUAAUAGAAAAGUUGGCCUGAAGGAUAUCACCAACACAAUUCAGAACAAAGAGCAAAGAAGGGAUGAAAAUCUUCUUAGAAAACCACCCAAAGUUUUAACAAGAAUCGAUGAAGAACUUGUUCAUCAGGGCAAGAAAUUGACACCAAACAGCAAAAAUCGAACUUCUCAGUCUCCAAAAUUCGCUAUUUCAUCAUUAUCAUCAAAGCCAAAGCCUCAAGUUCCAUUGCAACAGCAGAAGAAUUUCAAUCAGAAAUGCAAGGAAGUUGCAAGUUCAAAAAUCAAGAAACCUCCACAAGUUUCUGAUUCUGUAAGGAACAAGAAAGAGGAGAUACUAGUUCGGUCAACGUUAACAUCAUAUAGAGUCAACCUAGUAGACAAGAAAUCCAAGAAAACUUCAUUGUCAAAUGAGCUUCCCAACAUCAACGUUCCAACCUUGUUUCCAGUCAAGAAAGACCCUUCUCCCCCAGCCACAAAGUUACCUCAGAAACAGGUACCAGAUUCUCAUGUAUUGAAAAGGAGUACACAGUUAUCUUGUUCUUCGAGCCAUUCGUACAAACAUGAAACAGUAUUCACCAUCCAAGAAAACACCCAACAAGACAAAACAAAAGAGCCUAUCCCCUCCCGCGACUACAGACAGUACAUUCAAACAAUCCUUAAACGAAUUGGGAUCACAGACAAACCCACCCCAGUAAUUUCCCUAUACAACUUGCAUUCACCUUCUCGCCCCCUCCUUGACCCCUCAAUCUUUCACUAUCUUGAACUCUUCCACCCCACCACCACGGUUGCCACCACCGUUUUGAACUGCCGCUGCAACAGAAAGCUCAUUUUUCAACUAGUGGAUGAACUUUUAGCAGAAAUUGUAAGACCCCACAACUGUAUCGUCACAUGUGCUACUUCCAAACUUUCUGGUUCAGAAUUGAUUGACAAAUUAUGCAUGAGAAUACAAAGCUUUCCUGCAGCAAAUUGCCGGGUUCUUAAGGAUAUAGAUGCACUGAUAGAUAAAGAUUUCUGUAAGUCUCAACUUGGAGGAUCACGUGCGUUUUUCGAAGAAGAAGGUGAAGGAAUAGUGAGUGAGAUUGAACGUGAAAUUGUGGAUUCCUUAGUGCAUGAAACCCUUGCAGAUAACAGUGCCCGUACAGUAGGCUAUAACAGAGUCUGAUAGAUGUCACACGGUUCUUCCACGUGGUAAGAUUCAAUUCGUUACCUCUUGGCAGUCCACGUGUAAGCGGUCUAAGAUUUGUGCAAAUCAUCUUCUUUUUCUAUUUUGACCAACAAAAUUUGGAACUUUAUUUUUUUCGUUUUAUGAAUUUGACGUUUAGUGUAAUUAUUAAUUUAAUUAACUUUGUUAACAUGGAUCAUGAAUGCUUA